GCUGUUACGUUGUUUUGUCGGGUAGGUGGCUUGCUAAGUUAGCAUUAGCAACUAACCUAAGGUUAAUUCUAUCUACCUAGUUAACGUCCCCGACUAUGAACUCACUAAGGUACUCCCCCACUUCUAAAGAAGAGGUGGUCUGCUGGUCGGAGAAAGAAGCUCUGGGACUGAACAUCAUCGUAAAAGAAGAAGAGGAGGAUAUUAGAGUGAAAGGAGAGGAAGGGGAAGAAGAAGAUGCAGAGUUUGGAGUGAAGAAGGAGUCUGUCACAGUGAAAGAAGAGGAAGAUUUCAAAAUAAUAAAGGAGGAAGAGGAGGCUAUUACAUUGAAAGAAGAAGAUGUUAUAGUGAAAGAAGAGCUAGAACCUUUUAGAGCGGAAGAGGAGGAUAUCUCAAUAAAAGAGGAAGAUGUCUUGGGAGUGGAGAAGGAGGAGGAGAUUGAGACUGAAGAUCUGAUUGACACAAGAGAGAGACCAGAUUCUCACUCUGACAGCGGGAAGAGUUCUUCAGUGGCACCAGACUCAGAGACGCCCAAACCAGCAAGACAACAUCACUGCUCCCACUGUGGAAAGAGUUUUUGGUGGUUAGGGCACCUUAGACACCAUAAGAGAACACACACAGGGGAGAAGCCCUACCAAUGCUCCCAGUGUGGAAAGAGAUUUACCAUGUUAGGGAACCUGAAACAGCAUGAGAGGACACACACUGCAGAAAGGCCUUUCAAAUGUUCCAAGUGUGGAAAGAGUUUUACAUGGUUACGGUACCUGAAUAAGCAUGAAGAAAUACACCUAGUAGGGAGGAAGACCUGCCAAUGCUCUCAGUGUGGAAAGAGAUUUACUACGUUAGGGUACCUGAAAACCCACAAGAGAAUACACUCCGGAGAGAAGCCUUACCAAUGCUCCCAAUGUGGAAUGACUUAUAACCAGUUAGGGAACCUGAAAUCACAUGAGAGAAUACACACUGGAGAAAAGCCCUUCCAGUGCUCCCAGUGUGGAAAGAGAUUUACUGGUUCAAAGAACCUGAAAUUGCACGUGAGAAUACAUAGAGAUAAACAUACAAAUACACAGGAGGGGGAGGAGGAGAAGACAUACCACUGCUCUCAUUGCAGAAAGACAUUUUCCCGGUCAGAGGACCUGAAAUCACAUGAGAGAAUAGAGAGGCUGUGUUCCGACUUGUGUUUUUGACUUAGAAUUUGUUUUUCUUCAAGCCACAUGAAAUCAAUAUUGUACAGUGAAUACACCAA